GAGUCACUGUCACUGUUUCAGCUGGCUAACCUGGCCUAUAUGAACUCCAAAGAUGAACAAGCAAUUGUCAAUGCAUAUGUUGGUGGGAAGGAUCCACUUGAGAGGCUGGAGCACUUAACACUCUUGAAAAAAGCUAUAUGGAGGCAUGCUAUGGCAGGUUUUCCAACACUUCCUGGCGCUCCUCCUCCCCCACCAAAGUCGGACAUGGUAGGUGGGGGGUCUGUCACCGGCGAGGGGUAUAAGCCACACAAAGCGGAGCACAUUUAUGCGCUCAUGGGCUUUUUUGAGCACCGUAUUCAGCCGAACCACGAUGAGGAUGAGUUACGCGCACUCGCGAGGUUGUCAAUGGCCAACGAUAAUGACCGCAUCGCUGAUCACAUGGUGUCCAUGUUUCCCUCAACCACCACCCCAGGGGCGUGCUGGUACGCCGACAAUGAUAUCUACGACGCAAAUCUCUGGGAUAUUCUUCCGGAGAUCCAAGUCGCUGGUGUAACAGAGAACGGAGCUCUCGUUUUGGAUGGCUGUCGGGUGGCAGCCAUCAGAUGGAAGGACUUCCCGGAGGUCCCAUUUGCAACCACAUUUUCGUUGAGGAGGAAGAUUGUCGGUUCCAUACCGUAUUUCUCCUGGCCUUUCAUUGUCAUUGGUUUAGGGGUUAUACCGAAUACCAGCAGAGUAGCAGGCUUCGUACUCAUUGGCAUCGGACUCCUCCUCCUGUUUGUUUCCCCUCGACUGUUUCUCUAUAGCAAAUCUGGGCGUAUAAUCAACAAACAACCGUGGUUGAUCGGGGUCAAAGGAGUGGUUGAUAGAGAAACGGUAGAGAGUCACUUAUACGGGGGUACCAUUGCACACUUCCCAAGGAUGUAUUUCACUCCGAGCGGUUCACUGUUCUCAAAACCGGAACAAUUCUCGAGGCGGAUAGGCUCAGACGAGCAAUAUGAGGAUGCGAAGGAACAAGCGAAGAGUGGACCAGGACAUAUGUUCACGCUCAUCGACACAUAUUCGUCAACCAUGUACUAUUUCCGUGCUGAGCGACCGCCGACGGUAUGCAUCUUCGCAGGACGGGAGGGAGGGCUUGGGAGGUUUGUGCUUUGUUCGGAGAGCUGUAGGGCCAAUGAACUGCAUAAGGAGAUGGUGUUGCGGAUGCCCACGGAGAUCAGUCAGAGGAUGGAGUUGUGUGGCUGGGUCGCGCUUGGAUGAGAUUGAUUUGUUCUCGAUGACAUGCUUUCAAAAUUUUGAGCGACCAAGCCUCUUCAAGGUAAAUACAUUAGACAAUCAAGAAAUGUACGAGAUGCACACGUAUUCACGUAUCAGAGUACACGAACAUCAGCUUGUUUAGCUUCACACCGGCGUCCAUCCAUCCGACGACUCUUUAAGUGUACGGUAGGGAGGAUCUUCAGUGACGUGUCGCUUGAUAUACGGACUCAGAGUCUACUGGAAGUGGCAGAGUUGAAUACGCUAGAAGUUGAUCAGUUGGUAAAUCAAAAUAUGGAGGAAGCAAGGGGCCCGUGAAACCCCUAAAGGCAGUCAGAAAACGCUUCCAU